AUGGCGCAGUCAACCGUCCCAUGCUAUUUACCCAACUUUGGUGCUACCUGUGAUGGCCCGAAACGUCCUAUCUCCUUGAAACUGCGAACAGAUGCUCUCCAAAGCUCUGGAUUGCUAUCUGCAUGGCGCGAGGGCCAAUUGAGCCAAUUGUUACAGGCCUCGUGGGCCCUACUUCUACAUCGCUACACAGGCUCUGAGGAUAUCUGCUUUGGCUAUCACCAGAUUGGUAACGAGUCUCAAGAUCUACUACAAUCUUUGGAAGAUGUGGAUCCUGCCCUUUGCAAAGUAUCAGUCAAAGAAGGCAUCUCCCUUAAGACGUUUUUCGACCAAAUCAAGACACAUUACUCUCCCGACAGCCCUCUCGAGAUAGACAGAAGCUCGCUCACAGCCUCCGAAAAUGCUCUGCUUUACAACACUAUUUUAAUGAUACGAAUCUGUCAUGAUUCCAAGGGAACUUCACCCGCCAUCCCACUACCAUCCAGCCUGCCAAUAGCGCUUCCUCAGGAGUGUCGGGUUCGACUUCAUGUCAAAGUCCUGCAGGACGAGGUAAAUAUUUUCUUCGAAUGGUGGAACAAUGACAUGCCCACCGCGCAAAUGAAAAGCAUUGCUGGUGCUUUUGAGCAUAUCCUAGCAGAUCUCCUUGCAGCAAACGAUACAGCAGUGGACGAUAUUGACAUCUUUCCAGAAAAUGAUUGGUCUCGGGUAUGCAACUUUAAUUCAGUGCUUCCAGAAAAGCACGAACGCUGCAUCCAUGAGGUGAUCUAUGAACGGACUCUUCUCCAGCCAGAGAAUGAGGCGGUCUGUUCCUGGGAUGGUAGCCUUACCUACAAAGAAUUGGAUUUGCUUUCCUCCAGGGUUGCAUAUGAUCUUCAGGAAAGAGGAGUUGGCCCAGAGGUCUGCGUAGCCCUCUGUUUCGAGAAGUCGAAAUGGAAUAUCGUGGCGAUGCUCGCUGUCCUGAAAGCUGGUGGUGCUUUCGUACCUAUGGACCCAGCUCAUCCUACAGCACGAUUGCAAUCCCUCGUGCAAGGCGUGCAGGCGCGGAUUAUGCUUUGCUCUCGAUGUCAAGCAGACAAGCUCCAGACGGUGGCCGAAACGCUGAUACCGUUGGACGAGGAAACCGUCAAUGGCCUUCCUGAUCUCCCCACAAGUACUUUCUCCUCAACGACAGUGAAGAGCUCAAACGCCGCAUAUGUCAUUUUUACCUCCGGCUCUACUGGACAACCAAAGGGCACACUGCUGGAGCAUAGAGCAUAUGUUUCAGGUGCGCUGGCUCAUGGACCAGUCUUUGGCCUCAAUCCAUCAACUCGGGCUUUGCAAUUCGCAUCGCAUACCUUUGACGCAAGUUUAGUCGAUAUCCUCAGCUCGUUAAUAUUCGGUUCUUGCAUCUGCAUCCCUAGCGAGGAAGCACGUCUGAAUGACAUUGCCGGCGUGAUAGACGAGAUGAAAGUGAAUCACGCAUCACUGACACCAUCAUUUAUUGGAUUCCUCGAUCCUGCAGCUGUUCCAGGGCUAGAAACCCUCGUUCUAGCUGGCGAAGCAAUGUCUCCGCAACAUUUGUCGACAUGGUCUCAUAUCAAGCUUGUGAACGGAUACGGCCCAACAGAGAGUUCUGUUGCGGCUGCCCUCAAUGCUAAUAUGUCUCCUUCAUCAGAUUGCAGGGAUAUUGGCUUGCCAGUCGGAGUGCGCUGCUGGGUCGUGAACCCUGCGAACCAUGACCAGCUUAUGCCCGUUGGUUGCCCCGGUGAGCUGGUUCUGGAAGGACCGACGCUUGCGCGAUGUUACAUCAAUAACCCACAGAAGACGAACGAAUCUUUUAUUUUCAACCCUUGCUGGACGAAGCGAGAUCCUAACGGUGGCUCAGACCGAAGGUUUUACAAGACCGGUGACUUGGUAAGAUACAAUUCCGAAUCUGGAUCAUUAACAUAUAUAGGACGGAAAGACGCACAGGUCAAGUUCCAUGGCCAGAGAGUUGAGCUUGGGGAGAUUGAGAACCAGCUGAGCGCGGACACGGACAUCAAGCACUGCAUAGUAUUGCUUCCCAAGUCCGGGUUCGCACAAGGAAAACUCCUGGCCGUCCUGUCACUAUCCGCUGGCCUUGGAGAGGCACUGGAGACCGAUGCGGUGCCCCUUAAGCUUAUCGAGCAUCGUGAGAAGCUUCAAUAUGUCAAGGACAUUCGGGAACGAUUAUCAAGUAGGCUGCCGACAUACAUGGUGCCCGGAGUAUGGCUAUGUGUCGAGACUUUGCCGAUGCUCGUGUCCGGUAAACUGGACCGAAAAUCUAUUGCGACCUGGGUUUCGAACAUGUCAGACGACCCAGAAGCACAUGUCACUGAGGCCGCCAACACUCGCGCCGCUAACUCGACGGAGGAUCAACUGGCGUCGAUUUGGAGUCGUGUGCUCAACAUACCCAAGGACCGCAUCAGCGUUGACGAAAGCUUUUUGAGUCUAGGAGGAGACUCCAUUGCGGCGAUAACCUGUGUUGGCCAUUGCAAGAAACAUGGCAUUGGCCUCACGGUGCAGGAGAUACUUCGCAGCAAAUCGAUCAGAGAACUAGCCACGCGCGUCAAGGGAGUGACUCAACCGGUAGCCUACCACGAAACUAUCGAGGAACCUUUUGGGCUUUCGCCGAUACAGAAACUGCAUUUCAUGGUUCGCAAAGAAGGACAGGGCUAUUUCAAUCAAAGCGUGCUCACUCGCAUCGACCGCAAGAUCAAUGACCAAGAUCUGCGCCGCGCAGUCGAGGCAGUGGUCAUGCGUCAUUCCAUGCUUCGAAGCCGGCUAGUCAAUCCCGGUACUGGCAGUUCUCUACAGCAGCGCAUUACUGAGGACGUCGCUGGCUCGUACCGCUGGCGAACGCAUUAUACGACCUCGCAGAAUGAGAUUGAGAAUGCUAUUGCGGAGAGUCAGUUGUGCAUCAAUGCCUUCGUGGGCCCUGUUUUUGCGGUUGACUUCUGCUAUGUUGACGACGAGUCGCACAAUCUCCUAUCCCUGGUGGCUCAUCAUCUCGUCGUUGACAUAGUCUCGUGGCGUAUCAUUCUGGAGGACUUGGAAGAUUUCCUGCUAAACCCCAAGGCUUCGUUCUACAGAACAGCUCGCUUCCGUUCCAGACAUGGUGCCGCCUGCAAGACGAGCAAUUUAGAGGAUCUUCCUGCUCCAGAUCUUGCCUACUGGGGAAUGGAGCGUCGUCAGAUGACGUAUGGCGAUGUGAUCUGUGAGACUUUCGAGCUUGAUUCCGAUAGCACUCACUCGAUUUUGCUUGAAUGUCAUCAGAGUCUACGAACAGAGCCGGUUGAUCUGUUCCUCGCUGCGCUUCUCCACACAUUUGGACAGACUUUCCCAGAGCGUACUUUGCCCGUGAUCUACAACGAAGGCCAUGGCAGAGAAGUGUGGGAUUCGAGUUUAGACAUAUCACGGACUGUGGGCUGGUUUACGACCCUUUACCCAAUAUUCGUACACGAAAUCUUCUCCGACGAUCCGGCCAGAACUGUUGCCCGUGUCAAAGAUCUGCGUCGGCAGGUGUCUGAUAAUGGCCGACAGAAGUUCGCAAGUCGCAUGUUCACAGGCAAAGGACAGGAGACAUGCCGACACCACUGCCCCCUGGAAAUGACUUUCAACUACGUGGGGCAGCAUCGCGAUCUGCAGAAGCAGGACGGUCUUUUCCAGCUUAUGGGACACAUGGCUGGUGAGACUGGCCGGGGUGGAGGCGCAGCAGAUUUUGGCGAAGAAACUCCACGAUUCGCACUUCUGGAAAUUUCAGCGCUGGUAGUGCAAGGUCAACUUCGUUUUACGUUUUCUUUCAACCGAUUCAUGCGGCAUCAAGAUAGCAUUCGCGCCUGGAUAUCACGUUGCCAUCAGCUGCUUGCUUCUCUCGGCCAGAAGCUGCAGUCUCUGGCUCCUCAGCUCACACUGAGUGAUUUCCCAAUGCUCUCUCUCACCUACGAGGAGCUCGACAAGAUGGUGUCAGCGAAGCUACUAAGCGCCGGUAUUAGCUCCCUUGAUCUCGUCGAGGACGUGUAUCCUUGCUCGCGCAUGCAACAAGGUAUUUUGCUCAGCCAGUCCCGAGACAGCUCGGUUUAUGCUGUGCAUGAUACCUUCGAAGUGAAAGGCGUCAGAAUCAAACCUAGUGUGGAUCGGUUGAUCGUCGCUUGGCAGAAGGUUGUUUCGCAUCAUGCGAUGUUACGAACAGUUUUCCUGGAGAACCUGACAAGCCAGGACCUGUUUUGUCAAGUCGUUCUCAAGGAAUACAAUGCAACUCCCACACUGCUGAGAUGCUCCGAAGAGCGUGAUGUGCUGCCAACCUUUGACAAUCAACAGCCCGUGAACUAUCGUGCCCACCGUCCAGCUCAUCGUUUCAGUAUCUGCGAGGCAGCAACUGGCAAACUAUUUUGCCGACUUGAGAUAAGCCAUGCCGCCAUGGAUGGGACGUCCAUUUCUCUAAUCAUUCGGGAUCUACAAUUGGCGUACAGCGGCCAGCUUCAGGACGACCGCAAACCCAUGUUCAAGGAUUACAUGCGGUACUUGCAGAGCUGCUCUCAUAGUGCUGGCCUUAAUUACUGGUGCUCUUAUCUAUCCGAUGUCAAGCCGUGCCAUUUCCCCGUGCUCAAUGAUGGAAGACCUUCCAACAAGCGGCUGCAAGCGAUUCGUCUAGACUUCUCAUCCUUGAAAGAGCUUCAGGCAUUAUGUGAAAACAGUGGCUUGACGCUUUCUACGGCGUUUAGUACGGCCUGGGGUCUCACACUCCACUCGUUUUGCGGUUCCAACGACGUGUGCUUCAGCUACAUGGCUUCGUUGCGAGAUGUCUCGGUCGAUGAAAUUGGCUCCGUUGUCGGACCGGUGAUUAAUCUUCUGGCUUGUCGAAUGAAGGUCACAGAGGACGUCUGUCUCAAAGACGUUCUGAACCAAGUGCAAAACGAUUACAUGGAGAGCCUACCUUACAGACACACGUCCCUCAUUGAUAUCCAGCAUGCCUUGAAACUCUCAGACACGAUCUUGUUCAACUCAGGCAUCUCCUACCGGAAACUUCCGCCGCAGACCGUCAGCAACAGGGAUGAGAUGCGGCUUGUAGAGGUGGGAAAGAUCCAUGAUCCCGCGGAAUUCCCGGUGUAUGUCAACAUCGAGGCCACGGAUGAUGUUGCGUUCAUUGACCUCAACUACUGGACGACCUCUCUGUCUGAAGGCCAGGCGCAGAAUGUUGCCAGCACCUUUUUACAGUCCCUCGAGAAUAUCAUUCACCAUCGCGACGAGAAAAUUUGCCGCUUGGAUCAAUUGAGCGCACAGAACAAACAACAAAUCGCUGUCUGGAACAACACUCUUCCUAAGGCUGUGGACAAGUGUAUCCAUGAGAUUCUCGAGGACAAGGUCAAGCAGUGCCCGGAAGCUAUCGCUAUUGCAGCUUGGGAUGGAAACCUCACUUAUGCCAAGCUCAAUGAGUUGUCCUCGCUUCUUGCGUUCUAUCUGACCAAGCUGGGCGUGGGACCUGGCCUCCUUGUGCCGAUUGACUUCGACAAAUCCUCAUGGCAAAUUGUUGCUAUCUUAGCGGUUCUGAGAGCCGGUGGCAUUUGCCUUCCAGUCGACGCAGCACAAUCAUAUGAUUUUAUCGAAAAACUGUUGAUUGAUAAAGACGUUCAAGUCGCUCUUGCUUCCCCAAACAAAGCGCAGCUUCUGGAACGCACAAUUCCUUAUGUCGUGCCCGUGGGAAGGUCACUUUUCGACUACCUUCCUCGUUCCGAUGAUGUGCCGCACGUCUCACACAAGGCAACGGACCAGGCUUACGUUGUGUUUACUGGCGGUAGUGUCAAGGAACCCAAAGGUGUUAUGCUUCAGCAUCUUACGGUUAUGACACGGGCCGAGAGCUUCGCUUCCGCUAUGGAGCUGAAUAAAGCGACCAAGGUGUACCAGUCCGCGACCUACACGUCUGACAUGUUCCUCAAUGUGCUUUUCGGUACAAUGAUGCGGGGUGGUUGUGUCUGUAUUCCAGCCAACGAUGAAUUCAAUAACCUCCCACGAUCAAUCAAUGCCUCCCGAGCAAACACAGUCAUUACGACUCCGUCACUCGCAUCUCUGUUGCAGCCAUCUGAGGUCCCCGAGGUGCAGCUUCUGGCACUAUACGGUGAGAUUCUGACAAACCAGGUCAGAACAAUUUGGUCAGAAAGAGUUCGCAUGCAUUCUUUGUAUGGAGCAGCCGAGUGCUCUUCAAGCUGCAUUCAUGCUUCAGACAGCCAAACCUCGGGUGAGACAAGGAACCUUGGACUUGCGGCCGGGUGCAUAACUUGGCUUGUUGAUCCUUCAGAUCACGACCUUCUGGUUCCGAUUGGCAGUGUCGGUGAAGUUGUCGUUGAGGGUCCCGUCAUCGCUUCUGGUUACUUGCUGGACAACGGGCAUGUCCAGGGAGGCUUCAUUGAGGAUCCUGUUUGGAGAACGAACUUUGAGCGUGACGAACCCAGCAAUGACCCCGAGAAACAUGACGAAAACUCAACACUGACCCGACGGAUGUUCAAGACCGGGGACUUGGCCCGCUACAAUUCGGAUGGCACAUUGGUCUACAUGGGAAGAAAGAAAAGACAGACCCAGAGACUGCAAGCGGACGUAUGGGAAAUCCAGCAGUGCAUCGAUGCGUUUUCGUUACCUGGCCAUCCUUGCGUUGUGGAGACGUUUCGCUGCUCAGAUGACGAUGAAUCCAUGGAGUACCUGGCCGUCUUUGUCCAAUUCGCGUCAACUCACUUGGAGAAGACUGAUGGCCAGAGAUCUGCAAUCGGACAGCCGUCCUCGCAAUUCUCCGAUUUUGUCACCAAAAUGCACACGCACCUACUGAGUGCCCUGCAUGCUACUCAAGUUCCGAGGUUGUACAUUCCGGUUCCUAGAAUGCCCUUUACAUCAACUGGUCUGCUUGACCAUAGGCUUCUGAGCAAAGAGGCUCAGGACCUUCCUGCACGGACACGCCUCGAAUUUGAUCUGAAAAGCUUCCAUGAGUUUUGGCGUGUUGAACUAGCCAAUCCGAAGACUUCCCCUUCCCAAUCAUUCCCUUCGUCGACGAGUGCUACCCAUAGAAGCUCUGCUACCAGCACGUACGAAUGGAACGGCCACAUUGAAUGGCGUGAUAUCAGCGAAUUGGAACGUGGAAAUCUCGAGACCGCGCUUCUUGCCGCAUGGGCCCUCACUAUAUCCGGCUACGUUCGAUCGGACGAUGUCAUCUUUGGAGAAUUGCUUCUCGAUCAGGAAUCGUCCGGGCUGGAUUCUAUUUCCGAGAAAGCGGCGCCCACUGUGAUUCCUAGAAGAUUCCAACUCGAGGAGAAUAUGAGCAUUGCGGAACUGAUGAAAAGGAUUCAAGAGCGCCUAGCAGCUGCUUCUCCCUUCCAGAGAGCUGGACUUCAACGCAUCAGAAACGUCAGCGCGGAUACUUCGCGUGCGUGCAGCUUCAAUAACCUUUUCUGCUUUGCGAGAUCCGACUGCGAGAUGCAGACUCCUGCUCUCGCUUAUCCCAUUGCGAUCUUCUGCAGUGUCGCAAAGUCGGAGCUUCAGCUUAGCGCUCGCUAUGACGAGCAGGUCUUGUCUGCGCCCCAGCUUGAGCGGAUUUUGACACAAUUCACACGCUACGUUGAAUACUUGAAGGCGGAUCUUCUUUCUCAAGAGACGAUCGGUGGCAUGGCCCUCCGCAAAAAUCAGACUUCCUACUUGUCCAGCCCUGAUACUGCCUACUGGAGGAAGUACCUUGUUGAUGUCGAGUCCUGUGCAUUCCCUUCUUUGAACCCAGACAACGAAAGAAGUGGAUUCAGCUCGGCAAAACUGGCGAUUGAAAAUCUGGCGGAUUUACGCAGCUUUUGCCAGAAGAUCGAAGUAACCGAGGACAUCGUGCUACAGCUCGUUUGGGGAUUGAUUCUGCGAUGCUAUACUGGUUCAGAAGAAGUUUGCUAUGGUUACUACCCUGCAACGCCACAACCUGAGGGGUCGAAGUACCUGAAAGUACUCCCGAGCAGGCUUCUUCUCAAGGACGACUUAGACCUGGGGUCAAUUGCACAGCAGAGAAAGAGCGAACUGGCUGAAGCGAUGGAGCACCCCAUCUCCCAGAUGGAACUGCAGCAUGAACUCGGCCUUGACUUGUAUUCGCUCUUGAACACUGUCUUCAAAUUCGACCGGUUUAUGGAGCUCCCCAGUGACAAUAACGGCGUAUCAGACCUGCUCAACGACACCGAGAAAGGCGUCUGCACUAUUGCUGUCAACCCUAGAUUUUCAUCUGUAUCGGCAGAAAUCAUCUUCGAGUACCGGACAGACGCCUUGUCAAAAGCCAAUAUCGCGAGUGUUGUUGAUUGCUUCCAGCACAUUCUGGAGGAGAUUAUCGACCAUGACCCUGUCAGCCAUAAGAUAGGGGACAUCAAUUUCUUCAGCGAACGUGCUUGUCAACAAGUACGGGAGUGGAAUGCUACGCUACCAGAGAGACCUGAUCAAUGCGCACAUGAGAUAAUUGAGCAGCAGGUUCUGAGCCACCCUACUUCGCCUGCAAUCUGCUCGUGGGACGGAGACUUUACUUACCAACAGCUCGACCUUCUAUCAACUAAAUUGGCAAGGCAUCUUGUUUGCCUGGGUGUCAAACCCGAUGUCUUUGUUGGAUUAUGUUUUGAGAAGUCCGCUUGGGCAGUCAUCGCACAAGUUGCGGUUCUGAAAGCCGGAGGAGCAUUCGCAUCUCUGGAUCCCACUCACCCAGAAGCGAGACUUAGGGGCUUGGUUGACGAUAUUGGCGCUCAUAUCGUCCUUUGCUCUGCCAAAUAUCUCGACAAGGCUCUCCAGAUAUCCCGUGCCGCCUAUAUCGUGAGCGAAGAAACACUCGGUGAACUGCCAAACGCAUCGUCUGCUGCGUCGAUGCCCCGGCCCAGCAUCCACAACGCAGCCUACGCUAUUUUUACCUCUGGAACAACAGGCAAGCCAAAAGUGACUGUUAUUGAGCACAUUGCUCUCAGCGUGUCUUCACCAGCUUUUGCUCGUAGCCUGGGAAUGGACAAGACUACCCGUGCUCUGCAGUUCUCCAGUUAUACUUUUGAUGUGAGCAUAAUGGAGAUUAUUAUUGUCCUCAUGACGGGAGGUUGUGUUUGCGUUCCCAGUGAAGAAGAGCGCAUGAACGACCUGUCCGGUGCCAUUAGGAGACUGAACGCCAACUUCAUCAGUUGUCCUCCGUCAAUUGCAAACACAAUCCAACCCAACAGUGUCCCAUCAGUGAAAACUGUUGUUUCGGGAGGUGAAAAGAUGACUGUGAGCCAUAUCGACCGUUGGUCCGACAGGUGUGUCAUCAACGCGUAUGGGCCGUCCGAGUCGACGGUUAUGGCAACGAUGAGCGUCAAAGUGGAUGAAGCAGGAGUACGCGUCAACAAUGAUUGCAACUCAAUUGGAGCUGCAACUUGCGGCCGCACUUGGGUGGUUGACCCUAACAACUAUCAGCGCCUUCUGCCUAUCGGGGCUGUGGGCGAGCUAGUACUUGAAGGCUGCAACGUUGCUCGUGGUUACCUCAACAAUGACCAGAAGACGAAAGAGUCAUUUAUCAGUGAGCCUGCCUGGACGAAGGCCCCAGGCUUCCAGGGAAUAUUCAACCGAAAGGAGCGCAUGUAUCGGACUGGAGAUCUUGUCCGCUAUAAUCCCGAUGGCACAUUUUGCUUCAUCUCGCGCAAGGACACCCAGAUCAAGUUCAACGGUCAGCGCAUUGAAUUGGAAGAAAUCGAACAACAAUGCAUCUCUUGUCUUCCUGGAGGCACUCAGGUGGCUGUCGAGGUUGUGGAGCCCGAAUCAAAGGCAGUUGCCAGAUCCAUCGCAGCUUUCUUUACCGUUGACGAUCAAUCUGGCCCAGACAGACCUGAUCUGGAACCUCAAUUGCUCGUUCCCAUGUCGGAAACAACACGCGAAAAGGUCAAGAAGCUUAGGGAGGCCUUGACCAAGGCUCUGCCACCAAGUCUGAUACCAAGGCUUUUCUUCCCAGUCUCCCGCCUGCCUGUCUCAAACUCCGGAAAGCUCGAUCGCAAGAAGCUCCGGGCAACAGUUGAGACUCUGCCCAAAGACCAGCUCAAGCCUUACGUUACACUGACGGCUGGCUCUAGACAAGCGUCUGAUGAGGGAGUUGAGGGGACACUCAGAAGCCUUUGGGAAGAAGCUCUGGGUCUUGCGUCAGGUUCGGUCAGUGCUGAAGACAGCUUUUUCAGCUUAGGUGGUGAUUCUUUCUCCGCCAUGAAGCUCGUUGGAGCCGCCAAUUCUCGGGGGAUCUCUCUCACAUUUGCCGACGUUUACGAGGACCCAGUCUUCAUGAAUAUGGCCAAGCGUUGCGGCAUGUUGCAAGAAAAGUCCAGCAAACAGACCGUGACACCGUUUAGCCUGCUGCCUGCCUCAGUCGAUCGUGAACAGCUCUUGGAGGAAGUCGCGGAGCAAUGUGAUGUGCCUCGAGCAUCUAUUGUCGAUCUCUACCCGUGCAGUCCUGUACAGGAGGGUCUCCUCACUUUAUCAGUCAAGCAGAACGGUGCUUAUAUCGCCCAGCCAAUUUUCCGUCUCUCAGAGGGAAUAGAUCUCGACAAGUUCAAAGCUGCUUGGCAACAGGUUGUGGACGAGCUGGAUAUCCUGCGGACUCGUAUUGUACAUACUGAGUCUUUGAACUUCUUGCAGGCUGUUGUUGACAAAGAGGAGAUCUCUUGGGCCUCUGCAACCACUCUGGAUGAAUUGAUAGCUGAGAGCCCCGAGCUGCCAAAACACAAUGGCGGGCGGUUGACUAGUUAUGCGAUUGCCGAAUCACAGACUGGCCCGUACUUCUGUUGGACAAUCCAUCAUGCGCUGUACGAUGGAUGGAGUAUCCCGCUCGUCUUGAGAAGAGUGGAGGAGGUUUACACGAAUUCUACAGCCAGCGCCCGAACGGUUCCCUACAGCUUGUUCAUAAACUAUCUGCUGGAGCGGAACACGUCAGAAUCUGACGAGUACUGGAAGUCUCAACUGGCCAACCUAUCCUGUUCUCCAUUCCCACAAAGCAAGAAUUCCAUGCCGGACUCUGUCCGAGUAGGAAAUCGGCAUCACAGCAGCAUGAAGAUCUCUCGAGCCGCCAGCGGAGUUGAUCUCACAAUCCCCGAGCUUAUUCGUGCUGCGUGGGCGAUCGUCGUCUCUGCUCAUACUGGAUCCAGUGAUGUAUGCUUCGGCGAGACGCUCAUGGGAAGAAAUAUCGACCUUGCUGGUGUCACAGUUAUUGCUGGACCCGUUCUUACCACUGUCCCUACGCGCAUUCAAGUCGAAAAUGAGCUUUCAAUCACCCAGUAUCUGGAGAAUGUGCACCAUCUGACAACCACCAUGCUUCCUCAUCAGCAUUCAGGACUGCAGCGAAUUCGAAAACUCAAUAGCGACACAGCAUCGGCUUGCGAAUUUCAGAAUCUACUUGUCAUUCAGACUGGGGAGGGCCAGCUGAACAAGGGCUUGUGGGUGGCUGAACCCAACCAAACGAGUGGAGACUUCUUCACUCAUCCACUUGUCGUCGAAUGCAAGGUCGAUACUUCUGAGGUGUUGAUCACGAUGCACCAUGACGAAAUGGUGCUGAACAGCUGGCAGACUGAGAAGCUCAUCGGUCAGUUCAGCUUUGUGCUCGAGCAGCUGCUCUCCAUCAACAAGGGGGAGACAAGGAAGUUGAGCGAGCUCGAGAUUUUCAGUCCACUUGAUAGGAAGGAAGUCGCACUAUGGAACAAGAGGCACCCCGACGGCGUCGAAAAAUGUGCUCACGAUAUCAUUUCCGAGAGAUGCUCUACCCACCCCGAUGCUCCGGCUGUCUGUGCUUGGGAUGGCGAGGUCACAUAUAAAGAGAUGUAUGCACUCUCUUCGUCUUUCGCGUCCUAUCUGGCUUCUCGUGGCGUUGGACCAGAGACUCUGGUGCCAAUUUGCCUGGAUAAAUCUCUCUGGGCAAUUAUCACUAUUCUCGGGAUCUUGAUUGCUGGUGGUGCCUACGUACCACUUGAUCCUGCACACCCAACAUCGAGACAUGAAGAAAUUCUCGCGGAAGUGGACGCCCGUAUUCUCAUUUGCUCCCCUCAAUAUCAGAGCCGUUACUCGGCUAUUGUCAAAACGAUAAUUCCCGUCAGCGAAGGGACCAAGCCGUGUCACGCCAUCCAAUAUGGCCUACGCGAUCUUCACCUCAGGAAGCACUGGUCGUGCCAAGGGUAUUAUCAUCGACCACCGCGCACUUGCAAGCAGUGCUAUGGCAUUCGGCCGAUUGUGCACUUGAAUGAGACUUCUCGUGCAUUCCAAUUCGCGUCCCUUACCUUCGAUGCGGCCGUUAUGGAAAUCCUAGCUACUCUGAUGCACGGAGGAUGCAUUUGUAUCCCAAGUGACGAUGAGCGCCUGAAUGAUGUCGCCGGCGCCAUUCGACGUAUGAAGGUCACUUGGACUUUCCUGACUCCGUCGAUAGCCAGCAUUAUCGAGCCAUCAACCGUUCCCUCACUGGAAGUGCUUGCCUGUGGAGGAGAGAAAUUGUCACGCGAAGUCGUGACAAAAUGGGCGCAUCGCGUCAAACUAAUCAAUGGAUAUGGACCCACAGAGACAACCAUCUUCGCUGUCUUGAAUAACGUAUCCCCGACCACCGAUCCUGCCUGCAUUGGUUACGGAAUACCUUGCACUUUGACCUGGGUUGUCGAUCCCGAAAACCACGAUCGGCUUACCCCAUUGGGAGCCAUCGGGGAACUUGCCUUGGAAGGCCCAGCUCUGGCAAGAGAAUAUCUGAAAAACCCCAAGAAGACCGCCGAGGCAUUCGUGGAUGAGCCCGCCUGGAUGAAGCAUUUCCGGUCGGCCCUGCCAUCUCCGCGAAGAAUAUACAAGACUGGAGAUCUUGUCCGGUAUAACCCUGACGGAUCGGUGGAAUACAUCAGCCGCAAAGACCACCAAGUCAAGCUCCAUGGCCAGCGUAUGGAGCUCGGCGAAAUUGAGCAUCGGCUACAUGAGGACGACCGCGUCCGUCAUGCCGUUGUUAUCCUUCCCAAGGAGGGUCUUCUUAAGGGGCGUUUGGUCACCAUUCUCUCUUUGAACUCUCUGAAGUCAGAUUCGAGCAUCAUCUCCGAUAAUGCAUGCGAGCUUAUCAGCCGAGCGGAUCUGGCGAGAGUCGCGUAUUUUGAGCUCAUCACGAUUCAGAAGAAUCUCGAGGCCCAGCUGCCCAUUUACAUGGUUCCUCAGACCUGGGCUGUCAUCAAGAAAUUGCCAAUGCUCGUUUCUGGAAAGCUGGACAGAAAGAAGAUUACUCACUGGAUUGAGCAUAUUGACGAGCCGACGUAUGAUAGGAUCAUGCAAGACUAUGACAACAUUAAGAGGGGUCAUGUUGAGGAGGAUAGCGUCAAGGAAGAUAAGAACACUUCGGUCAAGAUCUUACAAGACAUCUACGCCCAAGUACUCAACCUCCCUUCGAACAAGGUCGACCCCAACCGGUCGUUCGUGAGCCUAGGCGGCGACAGCAUCACUGGAAUGGCCGUCAUUUCCCGAGCUCGCAAACAACGGCUUAACCUGACACUUCACAAGAUCCUUCAAAGCAAGUCGAUCGUUGAGCUGACUCAAGCAGCGGAAGUCAAGAGCUCGAGCAUUCAAGUUGAGGAGAAAGCGAACGAAUACUUUUCUCUAUCCCCCAUUCAAAACUUGUACUUCAAAUCAGCACGCACGUUCAAGGAAUCGGGUCGCUUCAAUCAGAGUAUGACUGUGCGCAUUACUCGAAAGGUUGAGCCAAACGUUGUCAAGGAUGCACUCAAGGCAAUUAUCAACCAGCACUCAAUGCUUAGGGCAAGAUUCAGCAGAUCUGCAGCAGGAAAAUGGCAGCAGCGACUUACCAAUGACGUUGAUUCAUCUGUUCGCGUCGGUAUCCACUCAGUCAUGAGCUCCCAUGACAUGUUGAGCAAGAUUGCCAAUACCCAGUCAUCUCUGGAUAUCGAGAAUGGACCGAUCCUUGCCGCCGAUUUGUUCAACACUAAUGGCGAACAAGUCCUUUUCCUUGUGGCCAAUCACCUGUGCGUCGAUAUGGUUUCAUGGCGUAUUAUCCUUCAGGACAUGCAAGAAUUUAUCGAGACCGGCUCACUGUCUUCUGAGAAACCAAUUUCCUUCCAGAGCUGGUGCGAACUGCAACUCGAAAACAGCAAAUCAGAAGCAGAUGAGGCCAAGCUUCCAUUUGCCAUUGAAGCUCCGAAUCUCAGCUACUGGGGCAUGGAGAGCGUGCCCAACCACUACGGACAAAUCAGGAUGGAAUCAUUCGUCGUGGACGAAGACAUUACUUCCUUUAUUCUGGGUGGCUGCCACGAGAUGCUGCGCACAGAAACGAUCGAUAUCCUCCUCGCGGCAGUUACGCAGUCAUUCUGCCGGGUCUUCACAGAUCGCAGAAUGCCAACCAUAUAUAAUGAGGGUCACGGUCGUGAAUCGUGGGAUUCGAACCUUGAUCUUUCACGGACUGUUGGUUGGUUCACCACAUUGUGUCCACUGCAGGUCGACGAAUGCUCAGAUUUCGUCGACACAGCAAAACGGGUCAAGGACUUGAGGCGGAAGAUAAAGGACAAUGGCCGAUCUUACUUCGCUCGCAGCCUUCUCCAGCCCGACAAUACCAAUUCAUCGGAGUUCCCUGUUCCGUUGGAAAUCGUCUUCAACUAUCUUGGGCGACUGCAGCAACUGGAGCGCGACGACUCGCUUUUCAAGCACUAUGGAGAGGCGUUCGACGAGGAGAAGUUCAGAUUAGCCGGAGAUAUGGGACCAGAUACCCCCGAGUGCAGGAGAGUACUUGAGAGAGAUGUGCUUCGCUUCAAGGACUCCGUGCCGGAACCUACCCUCAGCGAUUUUCCCUUGCUCCCUAUAACCUACGAUGGGCUCAAGAACCUCACGAGCACAACGCUGCCAAGAGCAGGGAUCAAGACCUGGAGUCAAGUAGAGGAUAUCUAUCCUUGCUCAUCAGUGCAAGAGGGUAUUCUCCUGAGCCAGCUUCGGGAUCCCAGUGCGUACAUGUUCCAUGUGAUCUUCGAAGUGCGCUCUCCUGGAGGAAGUGGCAAGGUAGAUCCAAGCAUGCUUCGAAGCGCAUGGUCAGCAGUUAUCAAUCGGCAUCCGAUCCUGAGAACCCGGUUCAUCGAUAGUAAUUACGCAAACGGUACCUUCGACCAGCUGGUGCUCAGGCAAACCGAGGAAGGAGCGAUCAUUCUCCAUUGCAAUGAUUCCGAUGCUCUUGUCAAGCUCGAUGCCGUCAAACUCAGUGACAUCAACGCCCGGCGCAACUCACAGCUGCUGCAUCAAUUGACAGUCUGCAGCACCGAUUCUGGACGAGUGCUUAUCAAACUGGAAAUGAACCAUGCCAUAAUAGAUGGUGGAUCAGUUGACCUACUUUUGAGAGAUCUAGCAAUGGCAUACAAGCAUCAGCUGCCAGAAGGAUCCGGUCCGCACUUUAGUGACUACAUCAAGUUCAUCCGCGGGAAAUCUCAAGACCAAGCUUUAUCCCACUGGAGACAAUACUUGUCUGAUGCUCGUCCCUGCCACCUGACGUUCUCCGAGGAAACAGGUGGUAGCCGUCAAUUAGGAUCAGUGAUGGUGCCGUUCAGCAGGUAUUCCGAGCUGCAACAAUUCUGCGAGAAGAACUCCGUGACACUCGCAAAUCUUACUCUCGCUGCAUGGGCAAUCGUCUUACAAAGCUUUACGGGCUCGGACGAUGUUUGCUUUGGUUACCCUUCUGCCGGUCGUGACGCCCCAGUUCCGGGGAUCCAAGACGCAGUCGGAAUAUUCCUCAACAUGCUCUGCUGCCGAGUCAGGUUCUCACCACUGAAGACUCUGUUGGAAGUUUCAAAGACAGUGCAGGAUGACUACAUCAAGAACCUUCCAUACCAGGAUUGUUCUCUUGCAAGUAUUCAGCAUGAACUUGGGCAAAAAGAGCUGUUUAACACGACAAUCUCGAUUCAAAACCACCACGCUGUCUCGGAAGAAUCUGGGAACGACUUGUUGUCCUUCAAUGUACAGAAGGCGCACGACCCAACAGAGUAUCCUGUCACCGUGAAUGUCGAGACUGCCAAGGGCCACGAAGGUAUCCUGCUCCGAUACUGGACCGAUGCUGUGCCCGGAGAUAAAGCAAACAAUCUUGCAGAUGCCAUUGCCAACAUUUUCAGCUGCUUUAUUGAUAAGCCGUCUCAGCUAGUCUCCGAGUUGGACCUCCGCGGCGGACAAUUGAUGAAGGGCGGUCAAUUCAUUGACAGCAAGUCCCUUGAGGAACUGAUCGAUCGCCGUGUCACUGAAAUAAUUAGUCAAAUGCUCAAGGAAGGAACACUGGCCAUACCGGCGGCUGAGAUUAAGGCGAAAAGCAAGGCUCGUGAAAGAGAUCUCUCCGACUCGACAGCAACCCUCACCGAGGAUCACUCAAAAUUGAUGGAACUAGAAAAGAGAUUAUGGAAACUUUGGUGCUCAGCAUUGGGCCUGCCAUCCGACACUAUCCAACACCAGGCGAGCUUCUUCAAAUUGGGCGGUGAUAGUAUAACUGCCAUGAAGAUGGUCAGCGCUGCGCGCGAAGAUGGGCUGACACUGACCGUGGCUGAUGUGUUCAACAAUCCUGUCUUUGAGGACAUGCUGGCGGUCAUCAGUGCUUCCAACAGUUCGUCUGCUUCGGAACCUGACUCUCAGACCGACAGUGACAACGAGAAACCAGCUGAACCUCCUAAGGUGGUUGAGCAAGAGCGAAACCCACCACCACCAGAGAUUUCACUCUUGAAGACCGUUCCUUUGAAUGACAGCGCUCUUCAGGAUGGAAUUUGCCCGAAGAUCGGUGUGUUUAAAGGAGGUAUUGCCGAUGUUUUGCCUGUUACGGACUUCCAAGCCAUGUCAAUUACGGCUACAUUGUUCAAGUCCCGCUGGAUGUUGAACUACUUCUUCUUCGACGGACGAGGAUCGCUGGAUCUGAGAAGGUUGAGGGAGAGUCUCUUGCGCGUUGUUGACGCUUUCGAUAUACUCCGAACAGUCUUUGUCUGUUUCAACGGCCAAUUUUUCCAAGUGGUGCUCAGAAAGAUACGGCCAAACAUCUUUGUUCAUGAGACCGAGAAGAGCUUGGAUGAGUACACUGAGUACCUCCAACAGCAAGAUCGCGAGCAAGAGGCGCGGCAAGGCGAACAGUACGUGCAGUUCUACAUCGUGAAGAAGAAGGGCAGCAACCACCACCGAAUCUUGAUUAGGAUGUCGCAUGCUCAAUUCGACGGACUAUGCCUGCCCACCAUCAUGUCGGCCAUCAAAUUGGGAUACGAGGGCAACCACUAUCAGCAUUGGACAAACCUGUUGAAGGGAUCGAAAAUGACGCAGGUCAUUCGAAGGAACGAGGAGAAUACCUAUCGCUAUAUUGGUGCUUUCACGGAGCAAAGAAAGACACUGGAGAUCCAGCCCUCGGUCCUGGAAAAUGUCACCAUUGCUACUGUCAUGCAAGCAGCAUGGGCGGUUACGCUGGCCAAGCUGUCCGCCCAGUCCGACGUCGUCUUCGGACUCACGAUCAGCGGAAGAAAUACUUCAAUCCCAGGCAUUGAAAAUACCGUUGGCCCGUGUCUCAAUGUGAUUCCAAUUCGAGUCACAUUCAAAGAGGGCUGGACUGGAGUUGAUCUGUUCCGCUAUCUACAAGAUCAGCAGAUAGCCAACAUGCCUUUCGAGGCCUUGGGUUUCAGAGAGAUCAUCAGGCGCUGCACUAACUGGCCCAGUUCGACAUAUUUCGCCACCUCCGUCUUCCACCAGAACGUCGAAUAUGAGGGCCAGAUGCAGCUAGACAACACUACAUACAGAAUGGGAGGCGCGGGUGUCGUCGACAACUUCACCGACAUGACAUUGUUCUCCAAGUCAUCCAGCGACGGCAAACUGGGCGUCUCUCUGGGCUAUUCAGAAAAGGGCCCCAUCGGCCCCAAAUUUGCUGCCAAGGUCCUGAACAUGGUCUGCGACACCGUGCAAAGCCUGUUGGCUAACUCCCGUGUCGGGCUUCCCUCCCCAUCCAUGCUCCGCUCGUUACCUUGCCAAUCCGUCCACGACGUCCCCGGAAUGUCCGACGAGAUGUUCCUGUCCACACAUCUGAAGAACCGGAGCAUCUCGGAUAUCCUCGUCCACUCGGACGUCCUGACGCAGGCCUGGCAGCAAGUUCUCCCCCACAAUAAUGCCGAUGAGCCUCAAUCCUCCUUCCAGCUCGACUCGUCCUUCUUUGAACUGGGAGGCGACGUUUUCGACAUGGCGCAGGUCGUCUGGCUCCUCGAGCAGGAAGGACUGCAGGUUCACAUCGAGGACCUCCUUGAACACCCGACCUUCCUCGGGCAGAUGGCUGUCUUGACACUGCACAACUCACGGAAGAGCGAUUCCAUGGAAGAAAUUGUGCCCGUCGAGGAGAUUCCUUUGCCGGCAGCGAGAACUGGCACUUCAAGUUCGCUAGGCAAAGCCUUGACUCUGGCGAAGAAGGUCACAAGAUGGAGCGCACUGUCGGCUCGAGGGUGAUCGGCCAGGACAUUCCCAUAUAAUUACUAUUCACUCAUUUGUAUUGCCAUUAGUUUUUGGCGUGCACAUCGUUUGGUCUCACACAUUUCCUUUGUCUUGGAUACUUUAC